AUGGUAGUUGACCCUUCUUGUUGUCUUUUGUUUAAUCAGGCUAAUAAGAAAAUUGAAGAUGCUAAGCUUGCAAGAGAUUUCCAAACCACGUUACAAGAAUUUCAGAAAGUACAACAGCUUGCUUCUGAGCGUGAAUCGACUUACACCCCGGCUUCCACUCCUUCUCCUUUACCAACAAGCUCUGGCGCUGGUGAAGAAUCAGUUGAGGUAGACUUGGAAAGCAGACCUUUUAUCGGAGAACAGAAGAGGCAAGAGAUACUUCUGUUGGAUAAUGAAUUAUCCUUCAAUGAGGCUAUGAUUGAUGAAAGAGAUCAGGGUAUCCAAGAGGUAGAAGAGCAAAUUGGACAAGCAAAUGAAAUAUUCAAGGAUCUUGUUGUUCUGGUUCAUGAUCAGAGGAUUGUUAUUGGUAAAUAAAAUUAAUGUUGUGCA